GCUAGUGUCGGUACAGGCGCCGGUAAGAUCAGUGAAAUAUCAGAAUGAAGGUAGCCGCUGUACUUGCUGUGUGCGCCUGCGUCGUGUUGUCAGUCUCUGCGCGGCCGCAGAAGGAAGGUGCUUACUUCACCAACGAGGCCAUCAGACAGGCGCAGAACACACACCUCAUCCCGCAAGGAGCACAGAUACAGAAGGUGCAAGAAGGUAUUGAACUGGCCGCCAUCGAAUCCAUCCCGGGCAACGAAAGGAUCAACCUCUUUGAAAUCUUGGGUGAACAUGUUCCUCCAGAGGUGGUCAACAACCUUCAAGCUCAGGUUGACCAGGUCGGCAAGAACCGCUGAAUGAAAACACCAUAGUCAUCAUGUACCAUACCAUCAACCCCAUACCAUCACAACCAUACCAUUAAAAUCAUACCAUCAUUUCAUAAUAGCCUGUCAUCCAUUGCCAUCAUACAAAGACACCAUUCAUGUAGCUCAUAGCAUUUCCUCAUUCCCAAAAAUUACCUUCAGUCAUAAAGAUUACACGUUUUACCGGUAAAAAAGCUUUAAUAGGGUUUAUAAAUAUAAUUUAUGUAUAUCCUUUGAAUCGCUCUAGAGUAUCUUGAUAGCAUGUUUUUCAAAUAAUUUUCCUGCUCUUAUUUGUUGAGAAUGUCUAUUAUGUUUUAUUUAGACGAAAUAGUUCAAUUUAUCCAACGAAUCUUUCAAUGUCUGUGAUUUAGUGAAUGUAGUUAACGUUUUUACAAAUAUUUAAUCGUUUUUGUCUCUGUUUACACAUGUGUUAAAUUACCAAAACCAUCAUGAUUUCAAAAAUUCACCAUCAUUUCAUCCGCAUGAUCAUCAAACCAUUUGAAGAAUUUAAGUCCUCAUGUUAUAAUUGAUAUCAAGCCACCAUUCAUUUCACAAUUCAUCUAGCUAGAAAAUAUUUUUGUACGAAAUGUAAAUACUCAAUAAAACAUUGCUAAAA